AAUCCAUGCAGAGUGCUGAGUGUCUGCUCCUGAAACUUUACUGCAAGAGGAGGAUGUUUGGUCUUUAAUUCCAGCAAAGAAAUAAUAGUCUGUACUUCAUUUAUGUCAAAUAUUAACCAGAAUUUAGUUACUUAUGUUGUAGGAUAAAUUCAAAGAGUUCAAAGGCGGCGGUCAUGUUUUAUUUAGCCGCAUGUUCAGGCUUUUAUUUUGUCAUAACUGGAAUAAUCACCACAUUUACUGGUGUCUUUUUUCUUUUGGCAGUGCCACAUCACUUUUCAUUUUUCAUUAUUUUUUCUGACUGCGCAAUUCCUGAAUAGACAAACUAUAGAUUUACAUUAAAAGAUUUAUAAAUACAAAUAAAAACUGCGCAUUUACUGCAGGUCCUUGGUGCAACUCAAACGAUGAUUCGUAGUUUGCAAUAUGCAUGGUAUAAAAAUAUAUCUAUCAACGUGGAAUCCUUUUUGCUCAUUUGCCUUUGUGUGGAAAACAUAUUAAAGUUUAAAAAUGCCUGUUAAAAAUGCUAUUCAGAUUGGGAUUUAAGUCUGGAAUGUGCGUCUGUAAUUUAAAACCGCCUAAAAAUGAAGAGCAGAAAGAAAAAAAAGAGUCGAAUAAUUUUCCAAAAUAUACGUCAAACUGACCAAAAACGUUUUCCUUCUCCGUGUGUUUCUGUUAAAGACAGCAUUUAUUUUUCUUUCAUGACAGAACUGUAAAUCUGUGACCUUUAGGCUUAAAAUUCUAGCUUUGGAAAUAUGUUGUAGCAGCUUUUUUUUUUUUUUAAAGAGGCAAAAAUCAGUUUGCGUAAGCUAGCUCUCGAAAUGAAACAAGCUUAUGUGCACUUUUUUGAUCCUGCAUUUUAGAAGUCAAUUCUAGUAUUUCGCUGUUGGUUUUAUUCCACUGUCUGCAGGUUAAUACACCCAAAAUUAAAUUUACAGCAGAGACCAGCGACCUGUUCCAGAGACUCCAAUUAAAUCCCACUUUCAGUUGCAACUUGUAACUUCGCUGCAGAUAAAUUAUUGCCUCAUUUUGGUUGUGUAAACACGCUGUAAAUUACAGUCACUUUUGAUCGUUUCCUCGGAUCUACAAUCACUUGCUGCUGUUUGGUUUGGAUUCGGGGCGUGGGAGGAGUUGGGUGCUGCUCCAUAUUCAGAGAGGAGGGGUGCUCUGCGAGGAUCUCAUUCUCUUUGGGGCUAUAAAGACGUUGUGUGCCUUCAAGACAGAGCAAAUUAACUCCAUUGGCGAAUUAUUGCAUUACAAGACAUCUCCUCGCUCAUCGGCAGCGCGAUUAGUUUCUUUCUUUACUUGUUUUUUUUUUUUUUUUAUGGUGACAUUUGAUUAGAGCGAGCGAGUUUUCGGCGAAGAUGAUGGAGUACAUGGAGGAGAAGUUCGCCUUGAAAAGCCAAGCGAUGAAGGCCAGCGAUUACUACAUGGACCAGGUCAUGGAGAGCCUGGACAGCGCGCAGUACUUCACCAAGUCUUCCCCCAAAUGCGUGCAGGCCUUCGGGCUGCAGAGCGCCGAGCACCGCUCCUCGCCCUGCGCAGAGCAGAACGCCAGUUACGGUGUGCCAAAAACGGACGACGACACUUUGCACUCGGACCUCGGCAGGUCCAUGGACAGUUGUUGCACUCUGCGGGCCUCUCCCGUGACAACCGGACAGGAGAAAACGGAUUUGGACGACGUGGGAGACAAGUGCGACAGUAACGUGUCCAGCAGCAAGAAGAGGAGACACCGGACGACCUUCACCAGCGCGCAGCUGGAGGAGCUGGAGAAAGUGUUUCAGAAAACUCACUAUCCAGAUGUUUAUGUGAGGGAACAGCUGGCCAUGAGGACGGAAUUAACAGAGGCGAGAGUGCAGGUGUGGUUUCAGAACAGAAGAGCAAAGUGGAGGAAAAGAGAGCGCUACGGACAGAUCCAACAAGCCAAAACCCACUUCGCGGCCACCUACGAUUUAUCUGUGUUACCGAGGACGGACAGCUACACUCAGAUCCCCAACAACCUGUGGCCGAGUCCAGCUCCUGGUGGCUCUGUGGUCUCCUCCUGCAUGCUGCCCAGAGCUUCUCCUCCCUGCGUCACAUCCUACUCACACUCCCCUCGCUCGGCGGCCGGUGCUGCUGACCACGGCUACGUGGGCUUCCCUAAUCAGCAGAACCAGUUUGGCCACGUCUCCCUCAACAACUUCUUCAGCGCAGAUUCCCUCCUCACCCCGGCCGCUAACAGUCACCCGGUCUUCGAGACCAAGCCUGAGUUUGAGAGGCGCUCAUCCAGCAUCGCCGUGCUGCGCAUGAAGGCCAAGGAGCACACAGCCAACAUCUCCUGGGCCAUGUGAUCAGGGUUCCUAUGCAUGUCUGGAAAGUCGGGAUAAUGAAUGAGAAAUCCUUUUUAGAGUUUCCAAUUUUUACAAAAUGUGUGAUUUCCCUGACGAGUCUAAAAUCCUACCCAGAAAAAGCUGUUUGUCACUCACAGUGAAGAUCUGACAGCAUUUUUUUUUGUCCUGCUCUUUAGAUCUACACCAAACUCUGACCAAAUUUUUAUCUGCUGAGUUGAGCAAAUAGGUGUGUUAUAUAAUAAUGGAGCGGGAUUUAUGGUUCUGUGCAUAUUUGAAUAGCAGCAAGUCAAUAAACUGAAGCCGGGAGCAAAAACAAUGGAAUAGCCAAGAUGUGAAAAUCAGCUGUGGUUGAAUAAGUAGGGCAGAGCAGGACAGUCAUUAAACGUGUCUUGCAGCAAGCUGACAGGACACUUUUUAAAAAGUGGGAGGCCCUAAUAUAGUCAAGCAAUAUAUAGUCACAUCAUUCAGAGUUUCAGGGUAAUGCGUGUCAUUUCUUUAUUCCACAAAAUAUUGUCCUCUGUGGUCAGAAGAGACGUUUCCUGAACCCUCCUGAUCUGUGGAGGUGAGAGCCGUGAUGUGCAUGGGCUGUCUUUGCUGUUGGACGUUGGGGAGUGAAGAAGUGUGACGGUGAAGCAGUAGAAACUGAAGGCUCCGGUGGGAUUCAAUCCCAGUGUGGACUCAUGUGGAUCCUGAGGGAGGGGUCCCAAACCACUUCAGUAUCCCAUAGCACUGUGAGUAAGCUUUCUGUACCUGCGUUUUUAAUCCUCCUCCCUCGUUCUGGCUCAGGACUGAAGAUGAGCAGGGCGGAGAAAAGUGACUUGACGUACUAACGUGUCCGUGUGCUUUGCAGCAAAGCUUUGUAAUCUCUGUUUGUUCUGCCUUUGUUCUGUGUCACAGGUACACACCACAGGCAAAAGGAGGCAGGUUAUGAAAGUGUGUUUGUGUUCCAAAUUUAUCUGGUGGAAGUACAAUAAAUGAAUGUCAGUUAA